AGAGACCUUAUUAGUCUUUCAAAAAUUUUUUUUAAAAAAAAAAAAAAACCAAAAUUUAAUAGCACCGAAUUGGCAACACAUUUGAUUAGUUUUAAAAAUUGAGUUAAAAAUUGUUCAUUGGUGAUCGUUUCCUUCCGCACCAAGGCCAAGACCGGUAAUGCAGUUUGGGCUUGUUUUGGAGCAGAAAACAAUGGCGCAGAGUAAUUGGGAAGCGGAUAAAAUGCUUGAUGUUUAUAUAUAUGAUUAUUUGAUGAAGAAAAAAUUGCACGCCACAGCGAAAUCCUUCAUGACUGAAGGGAAGGUCGCACCGGACCCCGUAGCAAUUGAUGCUCCUGGGGGGUUUCUUUUUGAAUGGUGGUCUGUUUUCUGGGACAUUUUUAUCGCUAGAACGAAUGACAAACAUUCUGACACCGCUGCAGCUUACAUAGAGGGGCAACAAGUUAAAACAAAAGAGCAACAGCUGCAAAUGCAUCAGUUGCAACUAAUGCGUCAAGCUCAGUUGCAAAGAAGGGAUCCUAACCAUCCUCCUCUUGGUAGCCCGGGAAAUGCUAUCAGUUCUGAAGGAAUGCUUGGGCAGUCGACUGCUAGCGCAUUGGCUGCCAAAAUGUAUGAGGAACGCUUGAAGCAUAGUAAUCCAAUGGAUUCAGAAACAUCCCAACCACUUCUUGAUGCUAGGAUGGCCCUUUUGAAAUCAACAACAAAUCAUCCUGGUCAGUUGGUCCAAGGAAACUCUGGAAGUGUGAAUGCAGCAUUGCAGCAAAUCCAGGCACGAACUCAACAGACAGCCGAUAUCAAAAGUGAAGUUAACAUUGGUGCUACUCAAAGAUCCUUGCCUAUGGAUCCUUCUCCAAUGUAUGCCCAGGGAAUCAUGCAGUCAAAACCUGGAAUUGGAAAUGCAGGAUUGAACCCUGGAGUUGGUGGUCUUCCAUUGAAGGGGUGGCCUUUAACUGGCAUUGACCAAAUUAGACCAGGUUUAGGUGCGCAAGUUCAAAAGCCUUUUCUACAGAAUACAAAUCAGUUUCAGCUUUUGCCACAGCCACAACUCUUAGCACAGGUGCAAGCACAAGGAAAUCUUGGUAGUUCACCUAUCUAUGGAGAUAUGGAUCCUCAAAGAUUUAGAGGAUUAUCCAGGGGAACUUUGAAUGCAAAAGAUGGCCAACUGAUUGCAAAUGAUGGAUCUAUAGGUUCUCCAAUGCAAUCAACUUCAUCUAAGCAGAUUAACAUGCCACAGAUACAACAGUCUUCUUCUCAGCAACAACAGGAUCCUCUGCAUCCACAGCAAGUGCAACAGAAUAACCGAAAACGGAAAGGGCCCUCAUCUUCUGGAGCUGCUAACAGUACUGGAACAGGAAAUACAAUUGGUCCUUCGCCAAACUCUCAACCAUCAACUCCAUCUACUCAUACUCCUGGUGAUGGAGUUGCUAUGGCGGGUAAUCUGCAGAAUGUUGGUAGCGUGUCAAAAGGUUUAAUGAUGUAUGGUGCAGAUGGAGCAGGUGCUCUUGCAUCAUCCACAAACCAGCUGGAUGACAUGGAUCAUUUCGGAGAUGUUGGCUCUUUAGAUGAUAAUGUGGAAUCUUUUCUCUCACAUGAUGAUGGAGAUGGAAGGGAUUUGUUUGGUGCAAUGAAACGAAACCCUUCCGAACAUCAUGCAGAAACUUCGAAAGGUUUUUCUUUCAAUGAAGUUGAUUCCAUGUGUAAAAGCAACAGCAAAGUUGUCUGCUGUCAUUUCUCAUCAGAUGGGAAGUUAUUGGCCAGUGCUGGGCAUGACAAGAAGGUUGUUCUUUGGAACAUGGAGACACUACAGACUGAGAGUACUCCAGAGGAACACAGUAUGAUAAUUACUGAUGUACGCUUCAGACCAAAUUCAACACAGCUGGCAACAUCUUCAUUUGAUACUACCGUGCGAGUUUGGGAUGCUGCAAAACCAAGCUAUGUCUCACAGCCAUUUACAGGGCAUGCUUCGCAUGUAAUGUCCCUUGAUUUCAGCCCUAAAAAUAAUGAAAUUCUCUGCUCUUGCGAUGCUAACAGUGAGAUUCGUUUCUGGAAUAUUAAUCAGUAUUCUUGCACCCGUGCUUUCAAGGGAGGUUCAGCACAGGUGAGAUUUCAGCCAAGAAUUGGACAACUUCUGGCUGCAGCAGCCGAAAAAGUUGUGUCCAUCUUUGAUGUCGAGACUGAUAGGCAGACACACUCAUUACGGGGGCACACUACAGAUGUCCACUCUAUUUGUUGGGACACAAAUGGAGAUUAUUUGGCAUCUGCCAGUCAAGAGUCUGUCAGGGUAUGGUCUUUAGCCUCUGGAGACUGCAUUCACGAGCUCAGCUCCAGUGGAAACAUGUACCAUUCUUGUGUUUUCCAUCCAAGCUACUCCACUCUAUUGGUCAUUGGAGGCUACCAGUCUUUGGAGCUUUGGAACCUGGCUGAGAAUAAGUGUAUGACAAUUGCAGCUCAUGAUUGUGUGAUAGCAUCUUUGGCGCAGUCACCACUAACAGGGAUGGUUGCCUCUGCCAGUCACGACAAAUCUGUUAAGAUUUGGAAAUAAGUUAACUGCCUUUGGUUUAUACAAAUUUCCCACUAUCAAAGUCUACCAGCCCUUUCAUUCCAGAUGCAGUAAAAGUCUGAAUAAAGAAGAUAGAAAAGGAGAGAAAAAUUUACACCUUGUAUUUAUUUAUUUUUCUUUUUUAAUCACUUUCAUUAUUUAUCUUUUCUUAUAUGUAAUAAAGUGAACGUAGGUUUCCCUGUGGUCUCAUUUGGUAGUUAAUUUGGCCGUAUUGCAUUUGUUGGGUUUUGGAAACUUCUUUCGUGAGGUUUUGGUAUCCUGGUAGUUGUGAUUAAGUGGUUGAGGUACUGUAUUUUUAGGUGGAAUAAUUGGUAUAAAUACAUCUUCUUAACGGUUAAGCCUC